CGUCAAUCGUAUUCAGUCAUCCAGUCUAUUGUUGUUCGGUCGUCAUGACAAGUGCUUUGAUCUAGAAGUAAAAGUCUAUAAAGACAUACUGAUUACAUUCCGUGAAUACUUGGAUAAUAAUUAAUUAUUGCAAUUUUGGUCAAACAUCAAAUGUAAAAAUGGCAUCAUUCUGUCUUAUAACGAAUACAAAUCGUUCAAAAUAUUAUAUAGUGCCUACAACAAGUGUUUAUCAAUUGGAUGAGAAGGAUGAAUUGCAACCCGUUAAACCACGCCAAUACCAGGAUGGUAGUAUGUGUUAUGUCCGCGACAAAAAUCUGAAAUUAGGCAACGCAACUUUCACUAUAGUCGACGCUGAUGAUGAUUAUAAUGUAAUUAUAAAAAGGAAUCCGGUGGAUACUCGCAUUAUCACUGCAAAAUUGCCCGAAUAUAGCCCAGGUCUUAUAUCAGAUCAGUCGUUGAAGAAAACUUUAAAAAAAAAAAAAGACACACUUGCAACUUCAAGAGACAACAAUGUACGGGACUCGGGAGAUCAUUACCGUAUCCAAUUAGCUGAACCGGGUCAGAAGGAGCUACCUGAAUUAAGUGACGAUAACGUAGAUGAUGAAGAUGAUGGAGCUGACAAAGAGAACGAUAAAAGUCCUCCGCUAAAUCAAACUCCUUCUCUGAAUGAAACUCGUUCUCUAAAUGAAACUGAUCUGCAAAAUGAAACUUCUCCGAUGAAUCAGAUUCGGAAAGAACUUCAAACACCACGACCAAGAAAAAAAUUCGGUAUGCGAAGACCAUACAAUGCAACUGUAAGACAGCUUAAUAUUAUGAGUAAAAAUCUAGUAAAGAUCCGAAAAGCUCAGAGAAAUAUAAGAAAGAAGAGUGGAAAUUUACAACAGCAGCAGCAGCAGCAGCAGCAGCAGCAGCAGCAGCAGCAGCAGCAGCAGCCGCAAACUUCCAAAACCCCGAAUUUUAUAGAGACGAUCACUGUAGAAAAUGAUGUAGAGUACAUACAGAUUGGCCAAACAAAAUUCACAAGUAAUGAAGUGGCGAAGGCAGUUUUGAAACCAACCAUGCAUGGCCGUGCCUCCGCAAUGAUUGGGAAAUUGUGGACCGACGCAGAGUUACAGAAAAUGUACAUUAAGUGUCCAAAAGAUGAUCCCGAAAGUAUUGCUAUAAGUGAUACGCACUGCCUACGAGUCAAAGAACUCUGCUUAUAUUUACAGCGACGAAAGAAAAUAGACUGGUUACCAGAAUCAAGAGAUAAUAUUGGGCUUUAUAUAAAAAAAUGGAUCGGGGAUUUCUGCAAUGAGUAUCGCCGCAAAAUAAAAGAAAAGAACGCAGCGCAACAAUAAUGUCUAGGAUUAAUGGCAUUAUAUUUAAAUCUAAAAUUUUAACUUUAAAAAACACAUUUUACAUUUGUUGUAAUAAAUAUUGCACUCGAAUUGUAAGAAAAAUGAAACUAGUUCUAUUAUGAUAAAA